AACCAAAACGCGUACGUCUGCUUUAUCCGCUUAGCCCGCACGUGGACAUUGACCACGUAGUUCAGGCCCGAGUUUUCAAUGUCCACAGAGGACGCGUCGCGUUCGAGGAUCGCGUGCUUGUGUUUCUAACCUCGUGCUAUUGUUUUGUUCACUAUUAUAUGAGUAGAAAAAUAGUGUAAUCUAGUUCUGGACGAAAUGACUGAAGAAGCUACCGAAGUUGAUUGUAUACUACGACCGAUAAAUUGUGAAAUUAAUUUACUGUCACGAUCAGACGGCUCGGUAAUGUUUAUGCAAGGUGACACUACAACUAUCGCGGGGAUAAACGGACCCUUGGAAGCAAGAAGCCAAAAGAUGGCGUAUGAUAAGGUCUCUAUUGAAGUUACGUACACGCCUCUUAAAGGGCCAGCGAAGGUGGACGACAGAUUAAUCGAGACGUACAUAAAAGAGACCUGUGAAUCUGCUAUACUAGUUUCGUUGCAUCCCAACACCAUGGUGUGCAUUAAUCUACAAGAGAUGCAAGAUUCUGGCGGGCUGCUGGCUUGCGCCAUUAAUGCGGCGUGCUUGGCGCUAAUUAACUCGGGACUUUCCAUGAAGUACACCGUCGCAGCUGUGAAUUGUAUGAUAGAAAAAGAAACGGGAGAGACGAUCAUCGAUCCCGACGGCUCGCAGUUAAAAAAUGCCAGAGCGGAAUUCACGUAUGCUUUUGACAGUACUAACAAAGAUAUUGUAUGCUGUCACAGCACUGGCCGAUUUUCUCAAAGCGAGUUCUUGGCCUCUCUGGAUAAGUGUAGGCAAGUCAGUAAAUACGUGUUCGAUUAUUACAGGGAAGUGACAAGAAAGUAUGCAAAUGUAAUAUGACACGUUGCGAUAUUAGUUUGUCUUUAAAUAAAUAUUUUUUACUUCCU